ACAUAUCAUGAGCUCACUGUAUUUGUGUCGUGACUGUUCGGGUGCAUUUCACAGUUUGGACGAACUACAGAGACACGAGAGGGAGGAGCAUGAGACGGUGGAGCAAGGGGAUCAGGAAGAGGAUCGGAUGGAGGAUGACAGUGAUGAGCUCGCGAUGAUCAAAAUCAAGAUCGAAGAUUCCGAUUUUUUAUCGGACACAGAUUCAUCACAACUAUCCAUGAAUCCAACGACACCUUCAGAAAAGUCAUCUUCUGGUGAGAAAGGGCGUUACGAGUGUGAAGAUUGUCAUGAGAUGUUUGCUGUAAAAAGAGAGCUGGCCACACAUAUGAGAAUUCACAGUGGAGAACAACCGCAUAGUUGUACGCAAUGUGGAAAAGAGUUUGGAACUCGGCAAUUAUUGAAAAAGCAUUGGAUGUGGCAUACCGGAGAACGGUCCCAUGUUUGUCCGCAUUGUAAUAAGGCAUUUUUUCAGAAAGGUCAUCUCACUCAACAUUUGAUGAUUCAUUCCGGUGGACGCCCACACGAAUGUCCACAGUGUCACAAAACAUUUAUUUUUAAGUUUGAUCUCAAUCGGCACAUGAAGAUUCAUCAAGAACGAGGAUUCUCGUGUCAACAAUGUGGAAGAUCAUUCUUGAAGCAGGUCAUGUUGGACGAGCAUCAUCUCAAGUGCAAGGGAAAACCAUCAUCACCAAUUCGGUCUCUACUCACUCCCACUAUGAAAGCUGGAUUGGAAUCUGCAAUUUCCAUCAAACCACCUCAGGAAUCAAUGAUUCUCUCAUCAGAAACUAUUGCAAAAAUGGCUCAGAAAUUAUUAAUUCAGCAGCAAGAGAACCAUAGGAACGCAUUGAACACACUUUUGGUUAAGCAGCACGAGAAUAUUCUGAAUAAUAAUAAUAAUAAUGAAAGUAAUAUUUUGAAUGGAAGUGUGAUGCAUAAGGAUGCUGGGUUCGAGAUUCCAGCUCCAACAAUUCCACUCAGCUUAACAUGUAUGAUCUGCAAAUCUCAAUUCAAUAGUCAACCAUCCUUUACACUUCACAUGUACAUGCACCAUAUUGCGAAUCAAAAUCCAAAUUUAUCGAUUGAUUCCACCCAUAUCCAUCAUACUCAUCAACCUACAACAAUCAGCCAUCAAAAUGAUCCAACUCCUCUUGGAUCGGACUCUGAUCUAGCCACUGAUACAUCAUGUGCUUCAAGUCCUCAAAAGACAUCACCACUUCAGCUUCUCGAGUCAUCAUGUCUCGAACAAAGCUCAGUGAGCCCGUCGAGUUCUUCUGGAGCUUCACCUCAACCAACUGCUUCGGAAUCUUCAACGUCUUCGUGUAAAGACUGUACGAAUAGUUGGCAGAGAGUUCAUGAUUUGGAGCAGCAAAUGGUGAAGAAGGAUGAGGAGUUUGAGAAUUAUAAGCAAAUGACUAAACAGAUCAUCGCAAAUGUUUCCAAUUUCUUGACAAAUACAGCAACACCGGAUAAUAUGUUCAUGAUGAAUGCAGUAAAUGUAUUCACUCAUCUUAAAAAUACUCUCUAGGCAAUUAAUUUUCACCGAUUUUCUUUUUUUUUUCUCAUAUUUCUCUCACCACGUGGUUUCUGAUCUUGUCUCUCGCCUGGCUUUUCCCAAUUUAACUUUAAUUUUAAAAAAUUAAAUCUCUCUGAUAAUCAAUAUUUCUGACCUCUUUUUCAUGAUAAUCCCUUUUUAUUUUUCGAUUGAAUUAUUUUUUGAAAUACCAACCAAAAAAUCAAAAAACGCGUAUUAAAUCAUAAUUAUUUGUAUAAAACCGUGCCUUUUUCCCACCAUUUUCUAUGUAACCCUCGACCUAAAUCGGGUCUUAUUUAUUGAGAUUCAUUUUUUUGAACGAAAAUAAAAGCUAACUUAUU